AUGGUCGGUGAUCACGGCAGCAUCCAAACUUUGAACGACCUCGGUUUAGAAACUACAGAACUAUUCUCCAAGAUCGCUUGGAAGUUCGAAAACGACACUUCAAUAGACACAUCCAUCGGAACACUAUUAUCAGCUGAGGCUGAUAGGUUUGGGUUGUGGGCAGUCAGUUUAGGGCUCUUCGUUCCCGGCCACGGAUCUCUUGAUUACCGUGUUAGAGAAGCGGAAAAUAUACGGACCGUUAUCAAAGGAUUCCUUGAAACUUUGAAUGAAUCCUUAAGUGAAAAGUACUUUUCGCCAGAACCAGAGAACCAGGGCCCUGACGGCUCAUUAAAUGAUUCCGCUGUCUGCCUCUCGGACAGCGAUUCCGAGGACGAAUGGUGGGAUGAAUCCGGUCACGAUGGUGCCUUAGACCCAGAAAUGGUCGUGGAUAGCAUCAAGGAUCCAAUAGAUCGACUUUACAAACUAUCGACCUGGAUCCGAAAUCCAUCUGCACGCUUUGCUUCAUCAAAGAUCCUUUCACAUAAGCAGGUCGACGAAGAUACUGGAGUUGACUUGUUAGAGGAAUUUAAUAGUUUCGAUUUCAACUACAUUGAAUCCGUGUUCUCACAGUACCGCAAAUCAAAGGCACAGGACGAAUACGAUAGCAAAAAUAUCGUAGAACCCGAAGAAAAGCCAAGAUCACCCAGGCUAUUUCCACACCAAGUUGAUAACUCUAUCAGCCCGACAGAGUUAUCCCUGAUACCCAGGCUUGCAUACGCAAAUGGGCGCCGCCGGCAACAGUUCUCCUAUUGGAGAAGGCAUCGAGAAAAGCUCGCUCUGCAUACGACGAGUAUAGGUGACAGCUACAAACGACAUAACUUGGAAUCAGAAGGAGAACACAAUCACAUCCACAAAGUAUUUAACGAAACCGAUCAGAUCGCACUUCCGUUAUCAGUUACAACCGCCACCCGUUUGAAUAUCCCACAACAAAUGGCAAUAGCAAUAAACGAUAGUUUAUCUAUCGUUUCGGUUUCGAAAUACGCCACAUCAAAUUGGAGUCCCGAUAACGAGAAAUUGGAUUUCCCAGCCCCGCCGAAAUGCCCUGAGGGUCAAAAGUUUAUCGAGUGCCCUUAUUGCUUUACCUUGUGCCCUCGAAGUAUCCUUGAGACUGAAGCUUGGAAGGCUCAUUUAAUCCGCGACCUACGACCCUACGUUUGUACAUAUGAGAACUGCACAACCCCGAAUCAACUAUAUGAUACUCGUCAAGAUUGGUUGCAGCACGAAGGCUCAAUUCACCGAAGGGUAUUCCUUUGCCCGAAGCACCCACACCAAGAUUUCCUCUCCCUUUCGGACUAUCAAGAACACAUUUUCGACGGUCAUAUAUCUUCGGAUGGCAAUGUACCUAUCAACCUCAUUAUCCAGAGUAAUGAGUCAACAUUGACAACUCCAGAUAGGCCAUGUCCUAUUUGUUUAGCCUGGAUUGAUGAUAUGGGAGCACUUCAAAAACACAUAGCACUCCAUCUAGAGCGUUUCGCAAUUUUUUCUCUUCCAAGGGACGUUCAAUUCACCAAUGAUAACGAAACGGGUUCCAUUGACGCCAACGUUAACUGGGAAGGCUCGAGAGAUGAAAAUUUCGACGAGGAUUCGCUAUGGUCUUCCCGAGCCGGCUCAUCACUCAUUUUCUCCGACCAAGAAACUGAUAUCAACGGAAAAAGAGAUUUUCCAGAAGAGAAAGGGAUAGUCAUUCCCAUUCCACAAGGAACGAGGAAGGAGCUCACUCAAGAAGAAUAUAGGGUCAUAGCUAGCGGCUCCUAUGGAGACAUAAAGGCGAUAAAUAUGAAUCUAGAAAAUGCUGAAGAGGUUGACUCUACAGGUUCAAAAUCAGAACAGCCGAGCUUAUCUCACUCUAAACCUACAGGGGAGUCAACCGAUGAAGAGCUUGAUGUUUAUGCAAAGCACUCUCAGCAAAAUUCAGCUCAAUUCAACGGCCCAGAUCUUAAACCUCCUCGUAAAUUUGAACAGGUUCUUGUCUCCCCUACCUCGAAGCCUAUCUUUAGCAACCUAAAAGAGAAAGAAGAGGGAGACAACGACAACGACAACGACAACGACAACGACAACGACAAUGGCGGGGACGGGGACGGGGACGGGGACGGGGACGAGCAGGAAGAGCAUUUAGCUUGGGAUUCAGAAGAAGAGCCGGAAAAUGACGUAGAAGUUUCCGACUAUGAAGGACUAAGCUUCAGCGCUGAAGAAUCCGAAGAUAAUUCGGGGCAACAAGGCCCCAAAGACGGACACAUACGAUCCUUUCGGCCCCCAUCCCACCAGAAACCUAAGCGUUCGAUCAAUACAUCAAAUACCCAGGAACGAGAUCAAUCAGAAAUACGCACUUUGCGUACAAGACUGUCAGAACUAUUCGAUCAAGAGGAUGCAGAAGGAGAAAAACAUGUCGACGGUACUACGGAUAGAUCUGGAUCCAGCGUGCCUCGCUCAAAUUUCAACCCAUCUCCGGUUCCUAACCCUGCAGAUGCUCUAGCCACUCCGUCCUACCUUCCACCUUGGGAACGAGACUACACUCCACCUACUGGUGGAAAACCAGAAAUCUUUGCUUGUCCUGAAUGUAAUGCCGGUUUCACUCGCAAGACUAACAAGACCCGCCACGUCAAUAGCGGGACUUGUAAGGGUAAAACGUCAAUCAACUCUAAGCGCCCCAAGCAGGAACCCUUUCCCCCAUACAACGAGCCGGACCCUUUGACCCUAUACAACAAGUUGUAUUCUUCGAUCCUAUACAAUGAGCCAGAACCUUUGUUCCCAUAUAACGAGGAAUCCGAAACUAUACAAGCACCUGAAAAAGACGAUAAAAGGCGUUUUUUUGCCCACUGCCUAUUCCCUGGUUGUUUGUACGUGGUGCCCAACCUGAAGCAAAGUAUGGCUCGUGAUUACCUAUACCAGUUUCACCAGAAAAAGGAGCAUCCUGACUGGGUCAGAGAUACACCCAGUGAUCAAAUAAGUACCAUAUCGGAGUACGCCGACGAGGAAUUACCCCCCUACGGACACGGCUGGGAUGAGAUCGAAUAUGAUGUUACUUACCCUAAUAAACCCGCCACGUUUUACCCUAGAACUACUCCAGACACAAGCUUCGUCAAAAGUAUCACCAUCACAGAUUUGAGAGAAGUCAAGCACCUCUUCAUAUACACCGCUGGUAUCGAAUCCAUACAUUUCACACUCCCCAUUGCCCACCGAGCAAUAUCUUAUCUCGAUCUCAAACAAUCCUACUUCAUCUGGACAGCGAAAAAAUUAACAGAGUCAAUCCGAGCACGAGCUAGACAGCUCGAAGAAAUCAUACCUUCUCUGACAAAAGCGUAUCUGCACGAAACAGGAGAGCCAAAAGCUAGCUCAGCCCUACUCCAACGCUGGACAAUCAAGGAAGCUGUUUCAAAGGUCUUAUACCAGGGUCGUCCUAAACUUAAGGAUUUAUUCUCGGAUUUCAUGAACGGUGUUCCCGCUGGGGAAAGUUGUGGGAUUAUAGCGUAUGGUAGAGGCAGUGAUGCGCUACAGGCUCUCGUUGAGCAAGCUGUCGAGAACUAUCUACAGGAUGGCAUCAGUAUUACUCUAUACUUCUGCCCCUCAGCACAGGCCAGCAGUCAAGUAACCAAACUGAAUUGGUAUCCAUCUGUCGAAUCUUUCGAUAUUUACUAG